GUCGUGACCCUGUUCCUUUCACGUCACCCCCCGAACAAUAUUUAGAAGGCAAGGGAUGACUGGGGCAAUAACCCUACCCUCGCUGCACCCUUCAUCUCAACGCUCAAUCACUCCGCCCUCCCUCCCUCACCUGCCACUGGUGAUCGUGGGGCACCAUCAAUUGCAACAACGUUUCUCUAGCCCACUGCGAAAGUAGAAGACAAGAGUGAAAGCAAGAUGCCGCUGUUGCGCCGAGUCUCCGCGUCCGUGUCGGGCUCUGACUCUGCCCCCGCUUCUGGCGACAGCGACUCCGACUCGGAACUCUCGCUCCGCGCCGAAGUUACAGCCCUUCGCGCUCGGGUCAAAGAUCUGGAGGAAUGGAAAAAUGAAAAAGCCCGGCUGGAAGAAAACCAGAAGCAGUUGGAAGCUAACCAAAAGCUACUUGUGGCUGACCAUGAUGCGCUGAGGAAGCAGGUCAAAAAGACGAUCAAAGCACUGGCGAAGGAUGUUGAUAGGCUCAAGUUGAAGGCGAAGACAGCGCGGGGGGAGCGAGAUGCGCUGAGAAAGCAGGAGGUUGUUGAGGAGCGGGUCCUGGAGGAGGAUGAGGACGUGUUGAUGGAGUCUGACCAGGUUGCGGAUGUGCAUGACGAGACUGAGUUUGAGUUGAAUCAGCUGAUGGAAAACAUGGACACCGCGACUAAGAAUGGCACCAGGAAGACGGUGAAGGCGAAUGGGAAAGGGAAGGGAAAGGAGCCAGAGAGGAUGCAGAACGCGAGGACAGCGCAGGCGAACAGACCGGAGCUAGAACAACUCUCAGAAUCGGAACCGGAACCGGAACCAGUGCCCUCCAGUACGAUCACGCCUUCCCGCUCCCUCCCCCCCUCUCCACAGCGCUCUCCCUCUCCCCUUCCACCAUCCCUCAAUGUAACCGAGCGAAUCAUCCGCGCAACCUUCGGCUCCGGUCGACGCUCAGGAGCGAUUGCGACCUUUUCGCGGGCCAAUGGAAAGAUCAAAAACAGAUUCUCCUCCCCCUGGACCUAUGCGCUGCUCCUAGACCCAUCACUCUGCGUCGCCCUUCCCACCUCGCCCCAGAGUCCAUGUAAGAAUCUCGAUCUCUUGGAUUUUGAAGCUGCCAUGGAGCUACACGUGGACAUUGACGCUCCAUUCCCGGUAUUCUGCCGAAUGAAACCGGACUCGGAGAAGUACUCAUACUGCGGUAUAUACCGUUGGGGCGAAUGGGAUGUGGCCGAGUGGGCAAGUCAUGGGCUCGGUCUCAGUGAUGCGCAGAAGAACGCAUGGGUCGCGUAUGUACUCACCUCUUCCGCCGGAAAAGCAAUGUGCCGCAACAUCUUUGGCCAGUUUUACACCGAGCGUCAGGUGAGAGCCGCGUUCGAUAAUGGACAAAUACGAUUCAACCAUGCGCAGCUUCUGCCGGUGGCUCACGUCGACAGCAAGGAGGUGUUUGAGACGCUGCUGGAGAUGGCCAAGAGGAUGAACGGCGACGAGGCGACGGGACCAAAUCCCACAGACAAGAAUGCGACGCAUACGGGUAAAGGGAAGAAGCGGAUGAGACUCCAGAAGACGCCCACACCGACGGAGAAGCCGCCUCGCACGUCCACCAACGACACCAACGGCGGCGCCUCCAGCCCGUCGACCAAGCGCCUGCGUGUCUCGGACCCAGACCCAGACCAAUCCCCCGCCCUCCAAGCCCCCAUCGCACGCAUGAUGCCCGCGCAGCCGGCCGGCGACGAGUCUCCUCUGCGCCUCCCCUCCAGUUCACCCAUCGCCGCUCGCACCCCCGGCAUAGAACACCAGGCAGCCGACCACAACGCCAUCCAUUUCCCGAAAGCACCUACCACGGCCCCGCGUUCCGCGCCCAAAGCCACGCCCACCGCCCGCCUCAACCGUAGUACUCGCCGCGCCAGCGCCAUCAGCCCCGGUAGCUACGACCUAGCCGCGAUUAGCCGGCGGUCCAUAGCAGGUGCUGUCGGCUCCGACGAAGAGAGGAUCGCUAGGGAAGAGAGGAUCGCCAGGAACGAGAGGAUCGCUAGGAAGAAGCAGAAGAAACCCAAGCGCAACUCGGCGGCCUCGGCGGCCUCGACGGCGAGGCGCGUCGUCGUGCUCUCUGAUGAUGAUGACGAUGAGGUUGCGGAAGGCGCAGCCACCAAGAAGGAGAAUGACAAGGGAAAGGGCAAGGCGGCGGAUAGGACGUGGAGCUCGGUCAAUGAUCCCACCCCCACCACCCUCCAGCAACCGCUAUUGAAGCGCAAGAAGGACUCUAGAAUGGGACCCAUGGGACGCACGGUGGUCGAUUCUGAGGAUGAUGAUGAUGAGAACUGAGGGCGUACGGAGGGGCGGUGGGCGGUGGAUACUACUGAUUCUGAUUCUGGUGUUUUUGCGCUUGAUUUCAGCGGACUAUCUACCACAUAGUUAGUUACCUAGUAGUUACUUGGCCAACUUUUGUCUCUGCCUGCGAGCGUGCUUUCUUUCUUUGUGUGUUCUGUACGAGUUUGGUGUUCCGGGACGGCUGACGGGUCGCGUUACCUUAGUAUCUGUUUUUCUUGGGGUGGGGUUCUCCUUUUGUGUCUUUCUUGGGGAGUUUUGUCUGCUGUUUUGUGUACUUUGUAGUUCUGUCGUUUUUGGUGUGAAUGAGUCGUCACUCGUCACUUUGGUAGAGCAUCGUUAGAUAAUCAC